AUGGCCAGCACAUACGCCGCUAUGCCGGGCACAGCCAGCACCCCUGCGGCUCAAGCUGAUCGAGCCACCGCGGCUCCGACUGAAGUCCCAUCAACAUCCCCGCCGUGGACCCGUCAACUCAAGCAAUUUGGUCUAUUUUUCGCUGGUGCAGGAUUUAUGGCUGCAUCUGUAGCUAUCUCACGACGCUCAGUGUUGAGGAGGCGGCUGGAUUCCCUCCCCAAGUUCUACUCAUCCAAUCGGCAGCCGGUAAAGUUCGACUCGGCGGAUAGGUCUCUACUUGCAGUGCAGGCUCUUGGACUUGCCACACUCAAUGUCAUGAGCUUCGCUGUCCUGUUGGUUGGAGGAAUAUCAUGGGGCUUUGACCUCUCCUCGAUUCAAGAGCUGCGGGAGAGAAGUCAAGCGGCAAUUCGUCGGCCGGGGUUGGUAAACCCUGAGGACGAGAAGGAAAUGGAGAAGAUGAUGGAGGACCUGAUGGCUCGACUUGGCAUGGACAAGCCAACAGCAUCUGAGAAGCCAUCAAGCGACUCCAACAAGGACUGA